AUGUGUGAUUCAGCUAUAAGAGGCCAUGGUAUUUUGAACAAUGAAGAAGCCAGUUUAUCUAAAGAGCAAACUGGGAACAAUCUGAUGAAUGCUUGGCAAAAGAAAUCCAAUAAAAGGAUUUCUGAUUCUGACUGGAAUUUUGGAAGUUGUAUUUCUGAAGAUGGCUCAACAAUUCAGUCGUAUGAAGGAAAAGUUUUGGAAAAUACCAAAACUUUUCAGAAGGCUUUAGUGAUUAAAGCAUUUGGAGAGAAUGCCUCUUCAUUUAUGGUAAAUACUGAACUGAGGAGACAAUGGUCUCAAAUGGGAAAUUUUAAGCUAACUUGUCUUGGAAAUGGAUGGUGCUUGAGUUUAUUUGAAAAUGACGAAGCUGUGGAAUCGGUUCUCGCUAAUGUACCCUGGUACGUGAAGGGUAACAUUAUUGGAGUGGAUAGAUGGAGCCAAUCUUUUUCUCCCAAUUCGUUGAAAGGUUUGACUGCACCAAUUUGGGUAAGAAUGCCAAACUUACCUCUUCACUAUUGGGAUCCUAUAAAUGAUUGUAGGAUUGCCUCAAAGGUUGGUAAACCUUAUUUACUUGAUGAAAAUAUGUUUCAAUGGGGGAGACGUGAGUUUGCAAGGAUUUUUUUUCAUAUAAAACUUGAAGAAUCUCUACCUCUUGGAGUUUGGGUAGAAGGAAAAUCUGGUAAAUUUUAUCAAAAAGUUGAAUAUGAAAAGGUUCCUAAUAUUUGUUUUGGUUGUGGUAAAAUUGGACAUGACCAAAUGAAUUGCCAUAAGAAGGUUGUUGCAAAGUCAUCAAAAAGUAUAGAUGCAUAUGAACGCAAUGUGAAUGAUCCUUGA